AAAGAACUUUAAGCUUGGAAAGAGUAAGCUUAAUUAAUUCAAAAGAAAAAAAGAGCUAAUACCUCUUGAAACAGUUGACAUGUCAAAACCAGUAUAUCGUUACAUGCGUCAAAAGCAGUUUGAAAAGGAACCCAAGCGAAAACUAAUGGAACGUUUAACUCAAAUGAAUGUCAUUCCUGAUAUUUUACCUCUGGAUUUAAACCCAUCGGUUCAAGUCAACAUCAACCUGUCUGAAGGAACUGUGGAGCCUGGUGUCUUUAUUAAACCUGAACAAAGUAUCGAACGACCAGAAAUUGAAAUCACCAACUUCCAUACUGAAACACGAUUCUAUACCAUCAUGUUGGUCGAUCCAGAUUCACCUGAUGUGGCUAACAAGGCUUAUCAGCAACACUGUCACUGGUUAUUAGCCAAUGUUCCAUUGUCAGCUACAGAAUCAAUAGUGACAGGUGGUGAUGUUGUACUAGACUAUGUUCCACCUCACCCUCAAAAGGGAACCAAAUAUCACAGAUACACCUUGAUUGCAUUUGAACAACCUAACGAGGGUCAGGACAAGAUCGAUCUUCAAGUAAAUCAACGAGAGGCCUUUGAUGUCAAGGCAUUAGCACAAUCUUAUGGAUUGAAGCCUACUGGUGCCUCCUUCUUCCGUGAAGAAUGGGAUGAAACUGUCAGCAAGAUCUACAGUGAAAUAAUCAAAACACAUGAACCCAUCUAUGGCAAGCCUCCCAAGACACACCUUGUUAUUCAAAAAUCCGUUUUUUAGAGAAAUAAUAAAAGUAGAUAGUUUUUCUUGUAUCUUUUUUUUUUUUUUUGAUGUACCUC